UAAACUUGUGCCAAAACGCAACCUGAAAAGCCUUUUGAGAACUCUCCCCAUUGUGUCUGGUAACAUAUUGGUUGAGAUUAUGUCCUGAUCUGAUGAUCUUGUGUCACGUGGCUUGAAUGUUUUCUAUCUGGAGCUUUCAGGGAGAUUCAGCAUUCAGAGAAGCAGGUACGCCUACGUCCUUACAGCGAUAGCGUAGACUAUAGGUGAUUUGUCCGCUAUAUAAGUCUCGGGAGAGGAGAGCGCAGAGGCACCGCCCACUGUCUACGCUCGGUCACGCAGACCAACGACGCACGGGCAGAAUGACAGCCAAUUACAGCGGCGACCCUACGUUCUGAAUGUGAGCGUGCCCUCGUCCAAUCACCUGCUGGAGAGCCGUGUAGGGCGGGGAUAUGCUGAUUCAGUUUGAAAAAGACGGCGGGAAAUCUGAGUUUCGCGGGAGGACGUUCGCGCGUAAACCGCAUCCCUUCAUUCAUUGUCAGCUUCCUGAAGCCAUUUUUCAGCCGCGGCGGGUGCAGGGAGGUCGGAGCCGGGGCCCAAUCACUCAUAGCCGCACAAUCCGCCUCCAUCGGCCUCCCCCGGUGCUCGAUAACUCUCGGACGAGCUCACCCCGUGCACCGGGCGGAUCAGCUCUAACCGUAGCCCCGACUAUUUGCAGGGUACGGGCCGGGCCGGGCGGAUUACGGGGGUCAGAAGGAGAGGAGCGGGUGUUCCCGGGAGAAGAGCGGCGCGCACGGAGGAGGUGGAGGCUGCUCCGAAUGAUGAGGAAGGGAAUCCACCCCGGCCACGAGAAGAUGCUGCUCCCCGGGCUGCAGGGCACGGACAAGAGCUUCUCCGGGGGGUUCGGGGGAGGCGCUGCCGGGGUGCUGUGCGCGGGAAGCGGCGGCGGAUACCUGCAGAUCCUGUCCUCCCCCGGCCCGGUACACCAGCCCCAGCACGGACUGUGCGCCUCCGAGCAGCAGCACCAGACGGCGGCCAGCUUCAUCUACUCUACCCCGCACGGACCCGCCGCCAGAGCCGGCCUACUGCAGCCUACCCUGGGGCGCCCUCCGGCUAAGCGACGAUUAGAACUUGGAGAUGGAAGUCAACAGUAUCUCUCUGAAGGAUUGAAAACGCCAAAAGGCAAAGGAAGAGCUGCUGUACUGUGUCCGGACAGUCCAAAAACUCCUAAAUCUCCACUAGAAAAAACACGAUAUGACACUUCACUUGGCCUUUUGACUAAGAAGUUUAUUCAGCUGCUAAGUCAAUCCUCAGAUGGUGUGGUGGACUUGAAUAGAGCUGCUGAAGUCCUCAAGGUGCAAAAAAGAAGAAUUUAUGAUAUAACGAAUGUUUUGGAAGGCAUUCAUCUAAUUAAAAAGAAAUCUAAAAACAACAUUCAGUGGAUGGGCUGCACACUUCCUGAUGAUGGGUGUAAUGUAGCACGAUGCCAAGGACUGUCCAAUGAACUCUCUGAGCUAAGUCAAGAGGAGAAGAAACUAGAUGAGUUGAUACAGAGUUGUACCUUAGAUCUGAAACUUUUAACUGAAGACUCAGAGAACCAAAGGCUGGCUUAUGUAACCUACCAAGAUAUACGAAAAAUUAGUGGCCUUAAGGAUCAAACGGUUAUCGUUGUGAGAGCUCCUCCAGAGACUAGACUUGAAGUGCCUGACCCAGUUGAGAGUUUACAGAUACACUUAUCUAGCACUCAAGGAGCUAUUGAAGUUUACUUGUGCCCUGAAGAAAGUGAAUCCAGUAGUCCAGUUAAACAAAGUAGUCCUGGUCAGAAUGGGAAUCUUCCAAAGCCAAAUUCCAAAGAUUUUUUGUCACCUAACAUAGAAAAUGUAAACUGUAAAGUGGAAACCAUUUCUCCUUUAACUUCUCCAACAAACCUACUACAGCAAACGGAGGAUCAGAUACCGUUGAAUCUUGAUAGUCCUUUUGUGAACUUGCUUCCCCCUCUAAUUCACGAGGAUUAUUUGUUAAGUCUUGGAGAAGAGGAGGGCAUCAGCGAUCUGUUUGAUGCCUAUGAAUUAGAGAAAUUGCCAUCUCUAGAGGACUUCAUGUGCAGUUGAUUUUUACAUUUUACCACAAUGGAUUGUUUUACAUGGAAUGUAAUUGGAAUCUGAGUUACCUACUGGCAUCCCCUUCUUGACACCCUAUUUGCCUUUUCCUACAAAAAGGCAUGUAUUAAACCAUGCAGCAAAGGCUGCAGAACGUGCAGUUGUUUGAUGAAAUAUACUUGAGCCUAUGCAAAUUUACAAGGCUAGGAUGAUGCUCCGGGGUCACUGAAGGCAAAAGUGAAUAACUUGAAUGAAUUUAGCUUUCUCAGUACUUGGUCUGGUGAAGUCAGUCUGUGCCUUCUUGUACUUUGUGUUCUCCUCAGCCUAUGUGGAGAAAUUCCACAAUAAAUAUGAACUGUUUUGCAUAUGCUGCGUGCAUUUUCUUUUUCUUUGAGUAUAAGGCCACGUCACACAAGAAUUAAGAGCCCAAAGAUGUUUAAGAAAAACCUUGCAUGUUAUAUGUACAGAUACCUUGAGAGGGUAUACAUAGUAUAUCCCUUAGUGCCCUGGCUGACAAUAUUCUACAUUGCUUGCUCUGAACUGGGGUUUAAAGUGCCUAUUUAAUGCAGCGUGUACUGGGAGGGAAAAAUCAGCAUUCAUCUAUUGUACGUAUUACACUGUUUUGAACAUUUGUUAACUAAAGUUUAAUUUUAAUGUCAUUACAAGUAUUUUGCGUUAUAUGUAUUUAAGAGUGACCAAUCGUCCCAUUUUAUUAUGGGCAAUUUUAAGUUUACACAAUAGACAUUCCCCACGGGAAUCUAAUAACCAGUUAGUGGCGCUAUUUUUUAUUUAUUUUUUUUUCUCAUGUAGGUGAAAAGUUUCAGAACGCCUGAAUUGCUUUAAAUAUGCUUUAAUCAUGUGACCUAAAAUAUAUACAGCAUUUAGUGCUGCAUUCACUUAUGACUUUUGUACCCAGCUCCUUAGUUCUUGGUCAUCAAGUGUAGUAAUUUUGAAAGCUUACCAACUAGUGAACAAGAUAAAUGUGCCAAAGGCUUUUGUUUUUAAAGGGGAAGAUGUGUAGAUCACAUUUGUGUUCUAAUGCACUGGGAACACUGUGUUUCCUAUUUAAUUUGUCUAAUACCCAAUCAAAAGAUUCUAGAUCUUUUGAUUAUAAACUAAAAUUUAUACUUGGUGGUUGACUGGUCAGUGAGGGUUACCAAGGAUGGCUCCUUGGUCAGCAGCUGCAGGCUUUACAGUUGCCUCUGUAAGGAGACUAACUUGACUGGACUGCUAUUUGGAAUGCAUAGUUGAUAAUACAAUAGGCUGCCAGGGUCUGCUCCAGUCAGCCUCUGAGUAAUCUAUGAACAGAGAAGGUGCCUAUAUGCCUUCAUAGGGUAUAUCAAGAGGCUUUCUCGAUAUGCAUUGAAAUGUAAUAAAACAAAAGGCCUGAUCACAUCACGUUAGGGCUAUACAUACAGUUGGGUAUGCCGACAUGAUACUGCUGUUUACUCUUGAUGGAUCCAAUGUCUGCUUGGUCAAUUUUGCAAUAAUGGGAGACUUGUCAAAACCUGCACAAGGUUUGAUACAUUAUCCCUGGUAUGGAUUUUGUAUAGACCUCACAUGUGAAGUAGAAAAACUUAAAUCCCUUACAAACUGUAGACAUUUUGAGAGUGUCCCAAAUGUAUUUACUUUUGUGUUUUUUACACUCGUCUUCCCCCCCCAACAGGUCCUUAGUCUUAAUUCUGCCUGCUAUUUGUUGCAUCAGAGCGUAACAUCUAGUUACUUUAGAGGUACCAACAGUGAAUGCACCAUAUUGCAGAGGAACUUUUACCUUGCAAGUUUGGUGCCAUUUAAGCUGCUAUCAGGUUUCACAAAUGUCCUUUUGGUAAAUUAAACAUUUGGGAACAUAUAAACUAGUACAAUGUGAACAGUGUUACAUGAGUGGUGUGUGUGUGUGUGUGCCAUUUAAAAUUUCAAACAUUACAUGACUAUAAAUGGACUGAAGACCCGAGAAAUUGCUAUUAAGGGAUUUUAAGGUAUUUUUUUGUAUUUUAUUUGGGUCAAACUUAAAUUAAGAUUUAUUUAACAUUGUGGUCUUUGUGGAGAAAAGUGAGUAGUCUAUGAAUUUUUUUAUUUUAUAUAAUUU